CGAAUAUAAAAAUUAAGUUCGCCUAAAAUAUGUAGAAAUAUGCAGUUCCAAAUUACACAGAUACAUUGUGAAGAAACCAUUUCCUUCCAUAUUACAUUUUCAAACAUCGCCGCGCUUUUCAACGUUCCCAAUUUCGCGUAUGUACUUUCUCUUGUUCUUUUUUCAUACAGUGGCGCAGAGAAAAAGACAGAAAUAUCAACUUCGAAACACAGCAGCAUCGUUUGUUCGCCGAUUCUCAACCAACCACGACUUGGAAGGGCCCUUACCGUGGACAACGCUGCUCGAGGUCGUCCAAUUUACAGUCGCAGAGUCGCAGUUACAAAUUGCAAACAUCAAAGGUUCUGGCAGAAGUUUCGUUUCUGGCCUCUGGCGUUCGUGCUCUGUGUAUGGACCGGUUGGAUUAUCUCGAUUAACCUUGUUCCAUGACUAUGGAUGACAGGGUUGAGCGGCGUGAAAUGGUGUGGAUGAGUAUGCGCGCGACCGCGACCGUUAGAAAAUUGCGCCAUUUGUUUAGUUCUAACCAAGAUUAUUUUCCAAAGUGUUGAAGUGUUACGCGAACCAUUUAUGACGUCGUGAAAGGUGGCACGCGUGGACACCAAUGGUGUUGUGAAUAUUACGUUCUAGAAGCACGCUUGGCGAAAAUUCUGAUCACGCUUCCCGAGAGUGCCUAGCGGGGAGGUUCGUCCACGAGGGAACUUUUUUACCGGGUCCUUUUCAGAAGAGAAUUUUUUUUCUUUUGUAAACAAAAUGUCGGUGGACACACUGAGCGAUGCGGAGUUACGCAGCAAACUGAUGGAAUACGGGUACCCGGUGGGCCCAGUGACACACACCACCAGAAAAAUCCUUGCGAAAAAAUUAAAAAGUCUGAUUGAAGCGCGGGGCUCGGGUUCGCGGCAUUCAUUAGCUGCCAGAUAUAGCAGCGAAGAUACUGAUGAUGACUCAAGUUCAACAGCCACAAAAAAGAAAAAGGCAACAACUAAUGCUCGACGGCAAACUUUGGCAAAUCCAAUGCCUCCACCACCAGUUAUACCAUCUUCGGAUGCAAGCAUAUCAAAAAGUGCAGUUAAAGAGAAGACAAUACAUCCUGAGUUUAAGAACCCCAUAGCACCUGAUUAUGAUAGUUCAUCUUCUAUUACAACUCGUACAGUAACGAAAACUACACAGAAAAAAUAUGUGAAAACUAAUAAACUAUCAAGCAUUACAGAUGGCUUAGAAACAGGAUCAGACUCGGAUGUUGUGGAGGAAGUAAACAGAAGAUAUUCUCCAUCUAAAUAUUUAUCUAGUGUUGGUAAACCCCAUGACUCUAGAACAUAUGAACAGAGUACACCCGAUCAUGAGCCAAUUACAAAAUUAUAUGAUUCAAAAUCAAGAUCUAUACAUACCAUAAAAGACAAUAAAUGCAGUGAACCACUUUUUGAUGGAAAUCUAUCCCCAAUACAUCCUCCAAAGGAAGAGAGUUGUAUUAAAGACAACCCACAUCAAAGAGAGCUUUUGACAAAUUAUGAAACCCCGUAUUUAUCUGAAUUUUUGAGAAUGCUCAGUUCACGGUCUUCUACAGGCAAUAUGCCAUCUACCUCUAUGUCCGGUUUAAAAAGCACAAAUUUACGCCGUACAACUAAUUUACCAGACCUAAAAGAGAAGGAUUCAAAUGGUCACUUCUCUUCUACAAGAUCAUUAUACUCAGCAACAAGUCCAAGGCAUACAACAUCUAUUGACAGACCUCGAGAAACAAUGGGCAGAACAUUUAAGCCAUCAAUCACAAGCAGAGAAGACAUGCGUAACAAUCAGAAUAUGGUGUCUGUAAUUUUGGUUGUGGUACUGGCUUUAUUUUUUGGAAUACUUGCAGUAAUAUACAUGGGACUUGGUGGAAAAUCCGAAACUUUUCCAUCGCUUUCAACGGAUAGCAACAUACCGCUAUGCUUUGAUGGAGCUGACUAUGAAGCACCUGGAGUUAAUUGUGUAAUGAAAGAAAACAUAGAUUCUGUACUACAGUUAUUAAAACGACUUCAACCAAUUUUAACAAAAAAGGCUGUGUCCAUGAUAUGCGACAAUUCCAGCGAAACUCCUUAUCUGACCGAUUCUGAAAUCAUGCAAAUGUUUACAAGCAAUAAAGUGAAAAGUUUGGAAGUGAAAGAGGAUUUGCACAAUGCACAGUUGCUUAUCAUAAAAAAUCCCAAAUGGGGUAUUUCUUUAAUAGACAUAAAUGAUGAUAACGGAGUGCCCGGUGAAAUUUUGGAUUCCUUGGAUAAAUUAUUUUCUACUCGCCUAAAUGGGAAAGUUGGAAUGGUGAUCAUGAACCCGGAAUUGCCGAUGCAAUGUCUCAUUAAAAAUAAGCUCUUCACCAUAUUCUCCUCUCUACUGAUUGUGUUACUUGGCCUUCUAGCAGCUAUAGGAUUGCAGAAAUUAUUCGUUUGGUAUAUAAAGUACAAGAAAAGUACUGAGAGGGAAGUGUUUAAACUUGUUAGUGAGAUUAUUAACAUGGUUGAAAUGCAUCAUCAAAAUGCUAGCGUAGCAUCGCCUGGCGGCACACAAGAAAGUUUUCUUGCUAUAAGUCACGUACGUGAUAAUCUAAUACCACCCAAAGACCGUAAAAAGAUGGCAAGCCUAUGGGAAAAAGCAGUGAAAUUUUUGGACGAAAAUGAAUCUAGAAUUCGAAGGGAAGUGCAGCAAGUCGCGGGAGAAGAAUUUCACGUAUGGCGCUGGCUGUCUAAUAACAGUCUUAAUAAGUCAACCACACAGAAUUUCGUUCUGAAUAAAAAGUCCAAAGUAUGGCAAGGCCAAGCGUUCGAAACAAUGGAAGGUUCGGUUAACAGCUUGACAUGUUCACCAACACCCUGUUUGAAGAUAAGACAUAUGUUCGAUGCAGAUGUAGAAUUCGAGGAUGACUGGGAAACAAAGGUACAGGAUGCUAUUCUAGAGAAAUGCGAAGGUGUAAAUAUACUUCAUAUCCGUGUAGAUCGUGGUAGUCGAGAAGGAUGUGUUUACAUGAAAUGUAUGUCACAAGAAGACGCAGGAAAAGCCUACAGAGCUUUACACGGAUGUUGGUUCGAUGGUCACUUAGUAACUGUAAAGUACCUGAGAUUGGAAAGAUACUAUGAGAGAUUUCCAGACGCGCGUCAAUGUACGAUACCUUUGAAGCCAAGUAACAAUCAACGAUUAUCUAUGCAGGCAGAUUACUAGGGUCGCCACUUUUGGAUGUAAACUUACGGAAUACCUCUUUGCUUGUGCAUACACGUUAACAAGCAACAAUUUGAAUCUUUCGCCGCUAAAUAAUUGUUUGCGGACCAGAAUUCGCGAGAUACUUCUAUUUUUUGCUCUGGAAGAGAAUAGAACUUCAUACUUAUCGCGCAGAGAUACAGAAUCCGAGGGACUUGUAAUUGUGUGAUAAUGUUCUGAGAAUUCGAAGAGACAGAGACUUUUUAUAAUCAUUUUCAUUUAGAUUUUGUAACGCGUACAUUAUUAAUACGUUCUAUAAUUUUUUUUUCUUUUUGUUUUCGGAAGGAAGAAAAGUCGAAACCAAGACUCAAGAAUUACAUUAUUUAUGAAUCUAUUGUAAAGUGAAUGUAAAGAUGUUGUUUCAAACUGCAUUUUAUGAAGUUUCCAAGUAGCAAUAUACAAGAAAAGAAAACAUGCAUAUCCAAAUUUCAAUAAUGUAAUAUACUCCUCUUGUGCGUUCAAACGAUGUGUUCGAUUUAUCAUUUAAUACUGGCUUAAAGUCAGUAUUAAUAUUAAAAUGUUGUUUGGUAAUACUUUUUGGAUAAACCAUUGCCACACUUCCACGUGCUUUGUUAAUAGACAAUUUCGAUGAGUUUCAUAAAAUGUGCUUAAAAAAAGAUCGGAUUGUAAAGUGUAAAAAGUACAACAAACUUCGAAAAAUUAUUAUUAAAAUUUAGUAUAUUACACAAGCGUGUUAUAUUGUAAUUUGUAACGUAGUUUGUAUUUAAAUUUAAUGACUAGUGUGGCGGCACCUCAUGUUUUUGCCACUAGAGGACUCCUAAGACUACAUCUUUCUCACGGUUUCCUGAUCCUUUGCUAAUUUUUAUAAAGAAUUUUUAAAGCAGUGAUACAAUUUUGAGAAGUGGUGAAACCAUAUGAAAAUAUCGAAAAUGUAGAACAACAAUUGUUCGUACGAAGUUUCAUACAAAAUAUGCAAUGGGUAGUAACGUAGGUGGGAACCUAGUUAACUAACGCGCUGAAAUUCAAAUUUAAUAUGAAAUUCUAAAAUUAGUUUGUUCUAGAUUUUCUAUCCAUUUUCUGAGGCUGUAAAAACCAUGAUUCACCUCUUCUUUUGCUCGAUGAUCCAUAGUUGGAAAAACUCCCUUUUGCAUACCUUUAUCUCCCUUCCCUUCGUCUUUUACAUCCAUUCCAACCGCCAAACUAGAAUUAACAUUUAAGUAAUAAAUUAAUGAGGAUAUUAUUUUCUAGACGGACAACGCAAAAACAUGAUCUUAAACAUUUA